AUGUCGGCCGUAGACAAGAUCAAGAACAUGGUUUCCGGCGAGAAAGGGGCAAAAGUUGCCCAGCUGGACGCGGUUAGCCAGACCGUCUCCAAAAACGACCGCCUGACCACCGACUUUGGUGUAAAGGAGCCGACUGCCGAUGAGUGGCUUCGAGUGACUAGCGAGGAUAAGACUGGUCCCAUGCUACUUGAAGAUAACUACGCACGAGAAAGGAUUCAUAGAUUCGACCACGAGAGAAUCCCUGAACGUGUUGUUCACGCCCGUGGCGCUGGCGCCUUCGGUAACUUUAGAUUGUUCGAGAGCGCGGAGGAUGUCACAUUCGCUCCAGUUUUGACAGACACCUCAAGAGAGACACCUGUUUUUGUUCGAUUUUCCACAGUUCAGGGUUCGAGGGGCAGUGCCGACACUGUUCGAGAUGUAAGAGGAUUUGCAGUCAAAUUUUACACCCAAGAGGGAAACUGGGAUAUUGUUGGAAACAACAUUCCCGUCUUCUUUAUCCAGGAUGCCAUCAAAUUCCCUGAUGUUGUCCAUGCUGUUAAACCCGAGCCUCACAACGAAGUUCCUCAGGCCCAAUCGGCGCACAACAACUUCUGGGAUUUCGUGUAUUUACACGAAGAAGCUACCCACAUGUACAUGUGGACAAUGUCAGACAGAGCAAUUCCUCGAUCAUACCGAAUGAUGCAGGGCUUCGGAGUCAACACUUUCACACUCAUCAACAAGAACGGCGAACGUCAUUUCGUCAAGUUUCACUUUACUCCUGAACUUGGUGUCCAUUCAUUUGUUUGGGACGAAGCACUGAAGCUAGCAGGUCAAGACCCUGAUUUCCACAGGAAGGAUUUGUGGGAAGCCAUCGAGAACGGCGCCUACCCCAAAUGGAAAUUCGGCAUUCAGACUAUCCCAGAAUCUAAGGAACACGAGUUUGAUUUCGACAUCUUGGAUGCAACCAAGUUGUGGCCGGAGGAGCUGGUCCCAAUUCGAUACAUUGGUGAAUUGGAGCUCAACCGCAACGUAGAUGAAUAUUUCACACAGACCGAACAAGUUGCGUUCUGUACUGCUCACAUGGUUCCCGGUAUUGGCCAGUCGGAUGAUCCCCUACUACAGGGCCGCAGCUUCAGCUAUUUCGAUACCCAAUUAUCACGUCUGGGCAUCAACUGGCAGGAACUGCCGAUCAACAAGCCCGUAUGCCCAGUCAUGAACUUCAACCGUGAUGGCCAAGGCCGUCACACAAUCACCAAAGGAACAGUUAACUACUGGCCCAAUCGCUUCGAGGCACGUCCUCCGGCCACCCAGCAAGAAGGAGCAUACCGGGAUCCUCCCUUCUCUGUACAAGGUAUCAAGGCUCGGACGAAGAGCGCCAAAUUCAGAGAGCAUUACAAUCAAGCACAAUUGUUCUACAACAGCUUGACGCCUCCAGAGAAGAGCCAUGUUGCAGCAGCUUUCGCUUUCGAGUUGGAUCACUGUGACGACCCCGUCGUCUACGAGCGCAUGUCUCAGCGAUUGGCAGACAUCGACCUUGAGCUUGCACAAACUGUUGCUGAAAUGGUUGGCGGCACCAAGCCAACGAAAGCCUCAAGGGCUAACCACGGAAAGACUGCAAAGAACCUAAGCCAGACUGCGAUCCAGCCGGAGAAGCCUACCAUUGCCAGUCGCCGGAUCGCUAUUAUCAUCGCCGAUGGUUUCGAUAAGGUCACUUACGACGCCAUCACAACGACCCUGAAGGCUUCAAGUGCGCUACCAUUCACCAUCGCUCCGCGACGGUCCGAGAUAUACCCGGCAGGUGCGGACAAGACACCAGGUAACGGCGUGCAGCCUGACCACCACCUCGAGGGCAUGCGGUCUACCAUGUUCGAUGCGGUUUUCGUGCCCGGCGGUGCGCAAGCCGUUCAGACACUCAUGAAGAGCGGUCGGGCGAUCCACUGGAUCCGCGAAGCCUUCGGUCAUCUGAAGGCUAUCGGCGCCUCUGGGGAAGCUGUCCAAUUGCUCAAGCACGCAAUUGCCCUGCCAGAAAUCCAGCUGUCCAGCGACGAUAAGGCAAUUGAAUCUUAUGGUGUUGUUACCAUUGGCAAGAUCUCGCCUGACAGCUUGAAGGGUGCCGUGACCAUUGCUAAGGAAGGCACUGGAUUCGUGCAGAAGUUUUGGUACCAGAUCGCACAGCACAAGAACUUCGACAGAGAAUUGGAGGGCUUGAAUUCACAGGUUGCGUACUAG